AAGUCGGACAAGGAUUAUCAUAAAAGUUCUGCACCGACUUACGUAGCCUGGGGUCCAGGGCCUAAGAACAUCCUAGCAUCGGGCUGGGAUGAUGGCUCCAUAGUGCUAUGGGAGGAUAAGAACAAGAGCAUGGGGGAGACAGUGUUUUCUAACUUCAGAGAAAAUAAUUUAGCGCACAAAGGCAGUAUCUGCCUCCUUGCUUGGAGCCCGUGUGGGUCCAGGCUGCUUUCAACUGACAAGAACGGACUUCUCGCUGUGUGGAAGCCGGAGGAGAGAGGGAUCUUUGUGCAGCAAUCUAUCAUCCAGAAGGGUCAGAGUGCAGUAACGCACAUUACCUUUAGGAGCAAGAAAUCGAUGAAGAGUGAUGACGGGGACGCUCCUACCUACUACUUCGCUGGGGAGGAUGGUAUCGUGUACUACGGAUCCGACGACAAGACCAAGGUGCAGGAGCUCUUUCGUCUCGAGUCGCCUGAUGGAGGAACGAGUGGCAUAGCAGCGCUGGUGUAUUACGAGGAGGCAGACGAGCUAAUUGCGAUCAAUGAGCAUAUGAUGAUGAAACGGAUUUCUGGGCCCGACGACUCGGGUCAGAUCAAGGAGAUCUCGUCGGGUAAGAUAGCGGCCAAGAGCCUGCAUGAGACGAACGUGAUGAUGCGAGCGAUCUGGAUCUCGUCGGGGUUGUUGAUGACGUCAUCGGGGGAGAAUCUGUUGCGCUUCUGGAAGCUUUCAGAAGACGAGAACUACGUGCUGAGGGUCUCAGAUCCCAAAGUUCCACCAGAUGACAAGAUUCACUCAGUGGCGUACAGCGAGAAGAGACGGAUCCUGUGCGCUGGAACCUCCAAGGGAUAUGUCCUGUUCUGGUCCCACAAUAUCUCCAGCAGCCAGAGCUCUUCUGCAGAUGAUUGGUACCCGAUGCUCCGGGCAACUGUCAAGCUGGGAAUGACAGUGAUCGAUCUGCAGUGGGCAAAGCAUCAUGGGUUCCUGUCAGCAUCCACAGACAAGUCGGUUCACAUCUUGGUCGAGAAUGAGCUGCAGAGGAAAGUGAGAGACCAGGUGGCGAUGGUUCAAAUAUCCAACAAGCACCUUGGCUUCCUGCCGAACUUCUGGGCAGGAAACAGCCCUUUGAAGUUGACGGAGGUAGAGUGCGGUGUCCCGAUCAAGGGGUGUGAUAUCACAAAGUCAAACAUCUUGGUUUGGAGUGGGAGGAAGGCAGAAGUUUAUGAGAUCAACAGCCUUACCAACCAUCACACCUUCACCUCUUCUUUCAACACCAACGCUACUACCAUGGUCAUAGGGUCUUACUUCCCCAACGAGCCGCUGUACAUUUACAUGGCCAACGAUUCGGAGAUUGAAGUUGCGAACCUUGAAGGAACGAUCACCAAGAGGCUCCCUGUCGAGGAAGUGGAGGGCGAGCCUGUCUACCUUGACUGUCAUGGCACAUGGCUGGUAGCGAGCACCAGCAAGAACUACAUCCACAUCUGGGACGUUUCCACCACUAAGAGGAAGUCCGUCCUCUCGCGCAAGUUCGAGGAAGGAGACGUGCCGAUCGCUGACAUAGUAUCGGUGAAGAUCAACAGCAUGGGCAGCAAGGUGAGUAUCCUGGCUAGGGGCAGCUCAGAUGCAUCCAAGGCAGAGAUUGUUGACACAAAAAUCUGGGUGUUCGACGUCGUAUCGGACUCAUUCUACAGCUACGAGUUCGGCCCGGAUUACUACCCAGUGAACCACUUCUGGGAUACGGCGGACAUCACCGAGGGAAAGAAGGAGAACGAGAUCGAGAAGGAGGGCUUCAAGGCGAGAGAGAAAGCUGGGAACUUGCUGGGUUGCGAGAUCAAGUACCGCGGGGAGAUGAAGGACUUUGGAGCUGAGAUCUUCAAGAUCAACAGGGCUGAGGUUGUGACUUUCUUCGCUACGACAGAGAAGGGGCUGCUCCUGCAGGAUCGUUUCCCCAUCACCUCGGAAGGCUCCGUCCUCCUCGGACUCCAGAUCCCCCACCUGUUCCUCAGCGCGCCCAAGUCGGACGAGGCCACGGGGAACUCGACGAUUCAGAUUCAGAGCAAAGUCCUGAGAGACUUCGUGGGGAUGGAGCUUGUGAAUUUCCAGACUCGUUGGGCUCUGCUGGAGUUCAGCUACAACCUCACGCUGGGGAACAUGGACGAGGCGUAUAAGGCGGUGAAGCUCAUCAAAGGGCCCAACGUGUGGAAGAACAUGGCGCACAUGUGCGUGAAGACCUCGAGGCUGGACGUGGCUGAAGUCUGCCUGAGCAACAUGGGGGAUGCCAAGGGAGCUCGAGCUGUCCGGCUCGCCCGUCAGGAGAAAGAGCGAGAAGCGCAAAUCGCCAUGGUAGCGAUCCAGCUGGGGUUGAUAGAAGAUGCCGAGAGGCUCUACGUGUCGUGCGGCCGGUACGACUUGUUGAACAAGAUGUACCAGGCGUGCGGCUUAUGGGAGAAGGCGGUGGAGACGGCGCAGAAGAAGGAUCGGAUCAACCUCAAAGGGACGUAUUACGCCUGGGGCCGUUACCUCGAGAACGUCGGGGACCAUAAGGCAGCAAUCGCCUGCUACGAGAAGGCGGAUGCACAUCGCACGGAGGUCCCGAGGAUGUUCUAUGAGAUGAAGGAUAUCUCCUCGUGCGAGGAGUACGUCCGCAAGGCCAAUGACAAGGUUCUGUUCGGGUGGAUGGCCAAGUACUUCGAGAGCAAGCAGAAGCUUGACGUGGCGCUCAACUACUACAAGCAGGCCGAAGACUUCAUGUCCAUAGUCAGGAUCCGCUGCUUCCAGAGAAACUUUGAAGCCGCCGAGGAGGUUGUCAACGAAUCCGGCAGCGGCCCAGCUGCCUACUACCUGGCGUCACAGUACGAGGCCAUGGAGAAGCCCAAGGACGCGAUCCGCCUCUUCUCCAAGUCCGGGAGGUACAACCACGCUGUUCGCCUUGCUCGUGAGAACGGGCUCGACAAGGAGCUGCUGCCCCUCGCCAUCCGAUGCAACAAGAGAGUGAUGCUGGAAUGUGCCAAGUACCUGGAGGAGCGACAGAUGUACGAGCAAGCGGUGGUUCUGUACAAGAAUGGGGGGAAUAGCUCCAGGGCCCUCCAGAUCUGCUUCGACGCGAAGCUCUUCGACUCUCUCAGAGCGAUCUCCGACGACCUGGGAAGCGACACUGACCCUGAUCUCCUGCAGAAGGUGGGAGACUUCUUCAUGUCUCACUCGCAGUACGACAAGGCUGUCCAGCUGUUUGUCACCUGCAAGCAGCCCAAGCAUGCUCUCGAGCUCUGUGAGAAGUACAAGGUGGAGAUGACGGAGACCAUGGCAGAGAAGAUCACGGAGCUGCUCCCGGAGAAGGAGGCAGACGCCGAGCUGAGAAACUCGAUGCUGAAGAGGAUAGCAGACAUCUGUGUACAGCAGCAGAACUAUCACCUGGCAACGAAGAAGUACACGCAGGCUGGGAUGAAGGACAAAGCGAUGGACGCGCUCCUCAAGUCAGGAGAUACCGAGAAGAUCAUUUUCUUUGCCGGAGUGCUGAGAUCCAAGGAGAUCUACAUCAGAGCUGCCAACUACCUGCAGACACAGAACUGGCAUACAGAGCCAGAGAUUAUGAAGAAGAUCAUCGAGUUCUACAACAAGGCCAAGGCCUACAAGCAGCUCGGCAUGUUCUACGACUCUUGUUCCCAAGUAGAAAUCGACGAGUAUCGCGACUACGAGAAGGCUCUGGAUGCUUUGAAGGAGAGCAAGAAAUAUCUUGUCAAGGCUGACGAGGACUGUACAAUGCUCGACCGACGGAUACAGCUGAUCGAAGUCUUCGUGCGAGCUAAGAGCCUGGUCAAGGACGACCCCAACGAGUUUGUACAGACUUGCUAUCAACUGCUGGAGACCCCGAAGUUGGACGUGGCUGUGCAGGUUGGCGACGUCUUUGCCCUGUUGAUCGAGUUCUUCUUCAGUGAACAAGACUUCCAGCAGUGUUAUCAGCUCAUCGAAAAGAUGCGGCAGAGGAGAAUCCUGCUGGGGCCUUACCUGGAUCAGUCGAUGGUGGACACGAUCUAUCGCAAGAUGAACAUCCACGUCCCAGCAGACAACGACGAGGUCGACGAGGAGAUCGAUAGCGACAUGUGA